UUGGUGUUUACUGAUGACGUUUGGGCUGAAGCCGUUCAGAGAUGUGGCUAACGUCAGUUUACAGGAUGAAUAUGUUUUAUUAAACGUCGAAUUGGAGAAAUAGCUACAGGAUAUAAGCGGCAGUCAAGACAGGGACAAGAUGUUGGAGUCCUAUGUGACACCGCUCCUGAUGAGCUAUGUGAACAAGUAUAUCAAGAAUCUGAAGCCCUCUGACCUGCAGCUGUCUCUCUGGGGAGGAGAUGUUGUGCUCAGCAAGUUGGACUUAAAACUGGAUGUGCUGGAACAGGAGUUGAAGCUGCCCUUUACAUUCAUGAGUGGUCACAUCCAUGAGCUGCGUAUCCAUGUGCCCUGGACCAAGCUGGGCUCGGAGCCUGUAGUCAUCACCAUCAACACCAUGGAGUGUAUCCUCAAGCUGAAGGAUGGAGCCCAGGAUGACCACGAGAGCGGCUCUAGCUCCACCAGUCGCAGUGUCUCAGACAGCUCCAAGGCCGUGGCCAAGCCCCGCCGCCUCCAGCAGGCUGCCCCCAGCGACCCAGACCUGCCCCCAGGUUACGUACAGAGUCUGAUCAGGCGUGUGGUGAACAACGUGAAUAUUGUUGUGAACAACCUGAUCCUUAAGUACGUGGAAGAUGACAUCGUGCUUUCAGUCAACAUUACCUCUGCAGAGUGCUACACUGUAGACGAUAUAUGGGAGAGGGCCUUCAUGGACAUCACUGCUCCAGAGCUGGUCCUAAGGAAAGUGAUCAACUUUGCCGACUGUACUGUGUGCUUGGACAAGCGGAAUGCUAGUGGCAAGAUCGAGUUUUACCAGGACCCGCUGCUGUACAAAUGCUCCUUCAGAACACGGCUCCAUUUUACCUAUGACAACAUCAAUUCCAAGAUCCCAUCUGUCAUCAAAAUCCAGACCAUGGUGGAGAGCCUGAAGUUGUCCAUUACUGAUCAGCAGCUACCCAUGUUUAUCCGCAUUCUAGAGCUGAUUAUUGCCCUCUACUAUGGGGAAAUCGGAGGACACAAAGAGGGAGAGGGAGAAGAGGGCAGCGGUCAUGUCAGGGAGGCUGGUGCAAUUUUGCCUGGGAUGGAUGUGGAUCUGGAAAGCCAGGGGACUAGCCAGUACUCCAGCCCAGAUCUCUACAUGCUGUCUGAAGAGACAGACCAGGGUUGGGUGUCCUGGGCUUGGUCAUUCGUCCCUGCCAUCGUAGGCACAGAGGAUGAAAGUGAGGAAGGCCUCUACCAGCAACUAGAGACAGGAGGCAUCCCUAGCAACCCCCAACAACACACACCCAAAGACCCCAUUGUUUCCAUAGGCUUCUACUGCACCAAAGCUUCUGUUACCUUCAAGCUGACAGAGACCCAAUCAGAGAGCAGCUACUACAGUCCUCAGAAGGUCAAGUCCAGAGAGGUCCUGUGCAUGGAGCACGAGGGAAUCACUAUUGAGGUGCUGAUGAUGGGGGAGCCCUUCUUCGAUUGUCAGAUUGGCUUUGUGGGCUGCCGGGCACUCUGCCUGAAAGGCAUCAUGGGAGUACGGGAUUUUGAAGAAAACAUGAACCGACGUGAAGAGGAUGCAGUGUUCUUCAGCUGUGGGGACAGCCUAAACAGUAAAGGAAUGACCUACCUUACCAACUCUCUCUUUGACUACCGCAGUCCAGAGAACAACGGAGUCAGGGCUGAGUUCAUCCUGGAUGCUGCUAAUCACAAGGAGACCUACACGGAGAUAGCAGGCAUGCAGCGCUUUGGUGCUUUCUACAUGGAUUAUCUCUACACAAUGGAGAACAGCAGCAGCAAAGGUUCUCAGGACUUCUCGGUAGUGAGUAUAGAGGAGGUAGUGCCUGCUGUUCAAGAGACAUCCAUCAAGAGGCUGGUGGUGGGACCCCUGGAUGUCAGACUGCACAGCAGCGCUGUGCACCGCAUCCUAAAGAUGGUCACUUGUGCCAUGGACCACGAGUACGAACCCUACUGCAAACCACAGCAAGAAAUGGUUGAGGAGAGCCAUGGCCCAGCUACUCCAGAGGAGAUAUCAAGCUUAGAGGAAUUCAUUCCAACCAGACUCACGUGUCUCACUCUGCUCCAAGUCUCAGUCACCGUCUCCAUGGCAGAGUUCAACCUCCUUCACACCCUAAUGCCUGUCAUCAUGGGACGCAAGACUGCACCUGGACCGGUCAACAUACCAGUGUUUCAGCCGGUGCGGCCUCUACCUUCUGUGCAGUUCCAGGUGGAACGGGUGAAUGUUGAACACUCUGUGCCCAUGUAUGCUCCAGAGCUGGUCAGCACUGUCAGCAGUCUCAGCCAGCCUACCGACAACUUGCUGCAUCACUGCUAUGCACACCUCUACCUCAAGGUGUUUGGGUUCCAGGCAGGCUUGACAUGCCAGGACAGUACAGGGGGUUUCCUGCCUCUCAUCCCCAUCAUCCCUUCUUUCAGCACUGCACUCUAUGGGAAGCUGAUCCAGAUGCCUGCAUACUGGAGCAAAAGGUCUUCAGCCCCCACCACAGAGUGCAUUUUUGAGCUUCCCCACUUCACGGUACAGGCCACGAGGGCCCAGACGCUUUUACUCCAAGCGAUCUGCCAGAGCUGGACCCACAGUGUAGCCAGCGGAGCCCCAUUGACACUCAGCGAAAGCCUGCUCAAUGAGGUGUACAAAGCUCCAGGUGUGAAGUCUCCAGGCCCGUCACCGACUCUCGAGGGCUCGGUCCAAAACCUGGAGCUGAAGUUCUGCAGCCGUGCGACGGUGAAAUGCGCCUCAGGAACCGUGGGAGCUGUAAAAGUGUGCGCCAGGACCCCAGGUUCAGGAGAGGGGGUUAAGGAGAAGCUGGUUCCUCUGAUUCAAGGCCCAUCUGACACCAAAGAACUCCAUAUGAGCCGCUGGCUUAACGAGAUUCGCAAGCCUGAAUCUUUGCUGGCCCCUGACCUGCUGGCGUUUUCUGUUCAAGUCCCUCAGCAAGGAGAUGAUUGUAGGAACUCAGGUGGAGUCCUGCUGGUCAGUGUCCAGGGCAUAGCUGUCAAUGUGGACCCAGUCUUCUGCACAUGGCUGUUGUACCAGCCUCACAGGGGGAGCAGCAGGCAACAGCAACAGACUCAAGGUUCAGUUCCUCUGGCCAAGAGGAGGGAAGACGAGGUGUCGGUAGGGAGCACACCACUGGCCAAACAACCCUCCAAUCAGGCCUCAGACUACGCCAGCAGCCCGGUCAAAACCAAGACAGUAACAGAAUCACGUCCAUUGUCCAUUCCAAUGAAGGUGAUGCCUGACACAACAGCAGAGGAGUCAUGGACAACCUCAGAGGAGAGAAUGAAGGAGCUUAUCGCGCAUGCCUGGGAUGCUGUUAAACGCCUUACUCUACAGCUGGAGCUGCAGUCAUGCUGUGUGUUCCUGCCUAAUGACAGCCUCCCCUCUCCAAGCACCAUCAUCUGUGGUGACAUUCCCGGCACCGUCCGUAGCUGGUACCACAACCAGGCCUCAAUGCCCGGGACUCUGGUAGUCUGCCUGCCACAGAUCAGUGUCCUCAGUGCUGGGCACAAGUACAUGGAACCGCUGCAGGAGCUCCCCUUUGUGGUCUCCAAGCCCAUCUUGGAGGAAGGUGAUGCCUUCCCGUGGACAAUAAGCCUGAGUCAGUUCAGCGUGUACACAUUGCUGGGACAGCAGCGAAGCCUGAGCCUGUUGGAGCCUAUGGGCUGUACCUCCACACUGGCGGUCACAUCCCAUAAGCUGCAGAGCUGUUCUGAAGGAAGACACUCCUUUGUAGUCUGCCUCCAUGUUGAUCUGCAGCCCAUCCACGUCAAGUGCUCCAACCCUCAGGUUCAGCUAUUGUACGAGCUUCUCCUCAGUUGGAGCUCCACGUGGGCUCGUCUCCAGAGGCAUGGCAUCUUGCGUCAGACCUCCAGCAUCCCAGAACCUCCUGCCGGCGCUGCUCCUUCCUCCCCAGUGCGCAGCAGUGCUGGCACCGCCCUGCCAGACACCAGCACCUGCAGCCCCUCUGCAGAUUUUGGCUCACCCACUGAGGGUGACUCUGUGCCCGCAGGAGACGACAGUCCGUUCGCCGACACAGUGACUCUGGAGCAGAAGACUAGCAGCAUUGGUGGAACCAGCGGGAAGGUCAGCCUUUGGAUGCAGUGGAUGUUACCCAAGGUCACAGUGAAACUGUUUGCUCCUGAUCCAACUGCCAAAAAAACAGAAAUCUGUGUCAUCAGUGAACUAGAAGACCUGAGUGCCUCAGUAGAUGUCCAAGAUGUUUACACAAAGAUUAAAUGUAAAGUUGGCAGCUUCAACAUCGACCACUACAGAUGCAGUACGGAGGAGGGUGUUCGGACCUCAGGCAGCUGUGGAGGAGUGGUCCUCUCUUGCACUGACAAGCUGAACAGACGCACUGUGUUGGUUCGACCCGUCAGCAAGCAAGACACUUUCAGCCACUUCUCUGGCUUUUUCCCUCCUACGGCAGCCAAGGUCCUGGAGGGCUCUCACCAGCAGCACGGCUUCCUGUCCAUCACCUACACCCAGGCUGUCACUAAAAAUGUCCGUCACAAGCUCACCACCCGGCCUGAGCGGCCAACGCGCAGCGGUGCUACCACUGCCAGUCAGCAGCUGACCGCUGAUCCUCUGGCAGACAGCUCACCUCAGUACCUGAGAGAAAUCCUGCUGACAGCCCAGCCCUUUGAUGUGGUGCUAUCCUGUCCCUUAUUGGCUACUGUAGCAGGGGUGUUCCAGGCUACAGUACCAAGACGUUACAGAGAGCGUGGGAAGUCAGCAGGUCAGCCAAUGCGAAGCCACACACUGACAUCUCGGUGUUUGCCUCUCAUCUACAUCAACACCAGUGUGAUCAGGGUCUUCUGCCCCGGAGCACAAGACAAACAUGCAGCAUCAGUAGAUCCCCAUGUGAAAAAAGAGGACACUCUGGUAUUAAAGCUGGCUUCACUCAGCAUGGCUCCACAGGCUGACAAUCCCCUGACCCGCACUGUGCUGCGAAAAGACAUCUACCAACGUGCACUGAACCUUGGCAUCCUGCGUGACCCGGGUUCAGAGGUGGAGGACCGUCAGUAUCAGAUCGAUCUCCAGUCCAUCAACAUCGGAACAGCUCAGUGGGAGCAACUCAAGCCAGAGAAAGAGGGAAUCAAAGGAGGUGUGUCAGCGGAGAGUGAGAGGAGCUCCCAGAACCCGGCCCUGGAGUGGAACAUGGCCAGCAGCAUCAGGAGGCACCAAGAGAGGCGGGCCAUCCUGACACCGAUCCUGACUGACUUUUCAGUUCGGGUGACUGCUGCCCCAGCCAUCAUCUUCUGUAAGAAUCUGUCCCCUGACUGCGGACAGGCAGAGGAGGUGGUGGUGUGUGGCCACUCUCUGGAGGUAAAUGUGACCAGCAGUUUGGAUUUCUACCUCAGCGUUGCCCAGGUGCAGCUCCUUCAGCAGCUUCUCAAAGACAACAUGGUGGGGAUGGACGCUCCUGAGAAAAGCGCUGAGGUGCGUCGAUGCGAGCAGAAGCGCGGCACUCGAGAUCCUGCGGCAGGUGUCGACUCCUCAUCUCGUCACAGCGGUACUGGCCAGGACAGCGGCUUUGGCAGCGACAGCGCACGCAUUCGCAUUGUCCAAAUUGAGCAGCAGAGCGGGGCCAGCCACCACUGCAUCGCUAGGCCAUCACACAAGUCCACCAUCACCAAGAACCUCAGCUUCAUUCCUUUCGACAUCUUUCUCACAGCUAGUAGGCUGUCUGUCAUGACCUACGCUUGCUCCAGUCCCCCUAAGGCCCUUUCCUCAUCGUUAGACGCCCCCAGCACACCCGAGAAGAAGGAGCCCGGGGAUAAGGUGGGAAAGAGUGCCCUAAACCAGCCUGAGAUCCUGUCUGAGUCUCCUCCAGCCUCUGCCUCCCCAACACCAGACCCAGGUCCAGCUGCCCAGGGUUCCCUCGCUGGCCUGACUGCUGAGGACAUCCUCAACAGCAACACCUCCCAGCCGGCCUCCCCGCUGCUGAGAGGCAGCUUGCUCUCCCUGGACGGCCUGCCAACUCCCAGCCGCUCUUCAGCUCGCCAAGCGCUGGGUGUGACCAUAGUGAGGCAGCCAGGGAGAAGAGGGGCUGGAGACCAGGUGCUGGAACCUCUCCUGUACCUCCAGGUGAUGCAACCUUCUGCUCUGCUCAGCUGCCACCACCGCAAGCAGAGGAUGGAGCUGUCUGUCUUUGACGUGGCCCUAAGAGGAGUAGCUUCUGACUACAAGUGUCUAGACCCAGGAAAGACUCUGCCAGAGUCUCUGGACUACAAUGUGUUUUGGCUGCAGACAGUAGCGGGAGAGGUGGACAAUAAAACGGGCAUCCCUCCUCCUCUGCUUUGCCUCCAGAUCAAAGAUUUCCUCAAUGGACCAGCUGAGCUGAAUGUGGAACUAUCACGCCCCCUGAAAGUCAACCCCACACUGGCGAAGCUGGAGCAGGCCAAAGCCUACCUGAACAAAGUCCUACCACACCAAACAUGGGAUGCCUCCAGUAAACCGCCGUCUGCUUCCUCCACCCCUCACUCCACCCCCACGAAGACACUGCCCAGGGCCUUUCCUUCUCGUUCAGACCCACACCAUCAGGCCUCGGCCCUGGGUAAAGCCAGCAGUGUCAGGGCCCUUGCGCUGUCCUUUCACAAGGUCUCUCUCCACACUGCCCAAAUUGUAGUGGUCAUGGAGACAGAGGCUCAUCCAAUGAGGCCCAGCGUGACAGUGACCGUGUCGGCCAUGACAGGAAGUGUGAACAUAAAGUCAGGGCCAAGGAUAGAAGAUGCAGUCCAGGCUGCGUCUGUGCAGCUGGAGCUACAAGAUGUGCUGGUGAGAACAGGACUGAAGGACCGAAGCCGUCUCCUGCUGGGGCCGUUCUCCUGCAGCUCCUCUCUGGAGGCUCGGUGGUGCCGCCAUAGCGGCAGCCCUGGGCCUGAGCCCGGCCCCCCUAAACUGCUGAUGGACCUGAAGGGAGGCCUGCUCCAGGUCUUCUGGGGCCAGGAACAUUUGAACUGCCUGAAGCUGGUGGAGGAACACUUGCAGGUGUACCUAAACCUCCAGAAAGGGGAUUUGGCCGAUAGCUGUUCCAAGGCCAAGGCCUGCCACGCCCAUCCACCUCCCUCUCUGGGCUCUCCCUCUCCUCGGACAGAGCACAGCUCAGAUGACCUGCGAACGGGGCAUUUUCAAUACGUCCAGGACUCAGCUUCCCAGAGACUGCCAGGACCGCAUGAGGUGGUGUUCUACAGCGAGACUGAGGACAGCCCAGGGGUGAUGCUGUGGAGGUACCCUGAACCCCGCGUCCUCACCUUUGUCAGGAUAACUCCUGUACCUUUCAACACUACGGAGGACCCUGAGAUCAGCACUGCUGACCUGGGCGACGUUCUGCAGGUACCUUGCAGCCUAGAGUACUGGGACGAGCUCCAGCAGGCCUUUGUUCCAUUUCGGGAGUUCAGCCUUUCAGAGAGCAGUGCCUGCCAGCUGCAGCUGCCCAGCCUCAGCCUCACCGACCAGCAGAAGGAGCUGGUGGCUUCAGACCUGUGGAGGAUAGUACUCAAUAAUAACGGAGAGGGAGGAGAUGAGCAGAGUUCGGAUAGUGAUUGUGGAUCCCAGCUGCCCUGCGAUCAGUUGGUAUCUCCGAUGGCCUUGGCAGCCUGCACCCGUGUGGACUCCUGCUUUGCACCCUGGUUUGUCCCCUCCCUGGGUGUGUCCCUACAGCUAGCACAGCUGGAUGUUCACCUCUGUCACCACCUAGAACAGCUGGGCACAGUUCCAUCUCGACAACUCCGUCCCUUCCUGCCAGACAGGAAGUUACCUCAAGAGCAGGAGUUCAUGGUGAUUGGUGCUCGGGAGCCACGGGUCUUCCUACGACAGUGGAGCAAUGGACCACGUCACUGUCAGGAGUUCAGCUUUUCUACCCAGCUCAACUGCAAGUUGCUGGAGUACCGAAACCUAACACACCUUCAGCUCCUCCAGCCUAGUGUACUACAGGGCCAGGCUACAGCCACAUGUUGCCCCCAGAACACCACUUUGGAUGUGAAUGUGUUUGUGGACCCGGUGUUCCUCAAUAUCAGCCAAUAUGCCAUACACACUGUGGACACUGCCAUGCACAGCUGGCAACAGAAUGGGAACCCAGAGGCCGAGGAGCUGGUCUACAGCCAUUAUGUGAUCUGUAACGACACCCACGAGAUGCUGCGCUUUGGCCAGGUGGACACGGAUGAGAACGUGCUGCUGGCCAGUCUCCACAGCCACCAGUACAGCUGGAGAUCCCACAAGUCCCCUCAGCUGUUGCACAUCUGUAUCGAGGGAUGGGGGAACUGGCGUUGGUCAGAGGCCUUCAGCGUGGACAACGUAGGGACUCUGCUGAGGACCAUUCAGUACAAAGGACGAACUGCCUCACUCAUCAUCAAGGUGGCGCAGCUCAACGGUGUCCAGAAACAGGUAAUAAUCUGUGGACGGCAAGUGAUGUGCAGCUACCUGACUCAGGACAUUGAGCUGCGGGUAGUGCAGCACUACGUGGGGCCCGACAGUCAGACGGUGGUAAGGGAACAUUGCGACUGCCUGGAGGCAGGGGCCAAGUUGCCUUCCUAUGUGCUGGAGGACGCAGAGAUGACAGAGCUGUGUGUGAGGGCCCGAGGAGAUGAAGACUGGUCCCAGGAUGUUCAGCUGGAGAGGAGGGACAAGGGCAGCAGCAGCUCUGUUGUACAGGUGCCUUGCUCCAGCGGUUCUUUGUUGUACGUGUGGUGUACUCUUAUCACAAUUGAACCUGACUCUCACAUGCAGCAGAGAGUGGUGGUUUUCAGUCCACUGUUUGUCAUGAGGAGCCACUUGCCAGAUCCAGUAAUUGUCCACAUAGAGAAGAGGAGUCUGGGACUGAGAGAGAGCCAGCUGAUACAUGGCCAGGGCCACCAGGAGCCCCUGCUAAACACAGAGGCUGACCUCACCCACCACCUCACUUUCCAGGCCAGGGAGGAUGAAGAUGCUUCCCAUUGUGCUGUACCAAUCUCCACCAGCCUAAUCAAACAGAUUGUGAACAAGACUGCAAAUGAGGACAACCUGGAACACAUCCUGGCUGAAUUCUAUGGUCCAAAAACCUCCACUGAGCCACCAUGGCCAUAUGUCACCAAAGAUACUGACAGGUCAGUGCUGGAGCCCCUUGCCCAGUGGGACAGUCCCAUGCAGGUGAAGUUAUCCUGCUGGAAGUCCGGCCUGAACACUCUGCUGGUAGAGCUGCUGCCCUGGGCCCUCCUGGCCAACCACUCCCAGUGGGACCUCUGGCUUUUCGAGGGAGAGACCAUCGUACUGCAGAUACCAGCCGGCAAGGUCAUUGUACCACCCAACUUCAAGGAAGCCUUCCAGAUUGGUAUCUACUGGGCCCACACUAACACCGUCCACAAGUCUACAGCACUGAAACUGGUCCAUGACCUGACUUCUCCUCGAUGGAAGGAGGGAUCAGACUCAGAGGUGGUUACUCUGGAUGAGGAGGGAUACGUAGAGGCUGACAUCACCCUGGGAGCCUUCCCUGGCAAACAAAAGCUGUGUCAGUUCUGUGUGUCGUCUGUGGUGAGACAUGGCAUCCAGAUCCUGCAGAUUGAGGACAGGACAAUUCUUGUCAACAAUACUCCUUACAUAAUACAGUACAGGCCUCUGCUGACUGACCAUGCACUUGGAAACGAUGACCAGGCCUGUGAGAUACCAGAGACAGCCGUGUUCAGCCUGGCUCCCUCUGAAAAAUCGUCCCUGGCCAAACCCUGCUCUGUGCCAUGCUGGGACCUCCUCCAAACCAGUGUCCAGGGAAAGGUGGAGUUCCCUCUUCCGCUCAGACACAUGCUCUUCAGCUUGUUUCCCAGGCCUGAUGGUGGAGUUGGAUCCGCAGCGUGGAGCCUCCCCGCUCCCAUCCGGCCAGACUUCCCCAGGCAGAGUUUGUCUGUUCCUGGGGAAUCAGACUCCGGGGGUGGCCUGAGCAGCAGAGGCAUAGUACUGACCUAUCAGGAACACCUUGGGGUGACAUACAUCAUUCUGAAUGAGGACCUUUCUCCUCGCAUGCUGAUCCACAACAAGUGUCCUAUCCCACUGCUGCUAAAGGAAACUGUCAAAGAAACUCCAAGGACUGACGUGUUCUGCCGUCCUCUGCCUGCUAAUUGCUCCCUGCACCAUGAGCUCUACCACCACUUUUCCAGUUUCCCAGAGUGCCGGCAGAAAGAUAUGCUGCCCACACUGCUGUUGAAAACCACCUUAGAACAUAGCUCCACCGACUGGACUGAACCCAUAGAUAUCAACUGCCCUGGCACUCAGGUUGUGUUCCUGCCAGGCUUUGGCUGUCUCUACAUAGACGUGGAGUAUGACAAAGGCACCUUGGUUCUGUCUCUGGCACCAGAGGGCAGCGUGGACGCUGUAAUUAACCAGCACAGCAGGUCGUCCAAGCUGUCCUUUAGAGUCCUCUUGAGUGAAGCCAGUGUGGUGUUGAGUGAUGACAUCACCAGUCCCUCCGGUUCUGUGGAGCUGCUGAGACUCACGUUGACCAAGCUGCUCCUCAGCCUGGCUCCGGCACCCACCGCCCUGCCCCCGGAGCUGGCAGUCGACCCUGGCGUGGGCGCAGUACCCAUCUCCGCUCUGAUGCCCGACGCCUCUCUGAUUGAGGUCUACUGCUCCAGUCUGCAAGUAGACAACCAGCUGUAUAACCGAGCAAGUUUCCACUUCCCCGUGCUGCUGUGCCAGGAUCAGAGAGGGGGAGCAGAGCACGGGGGUCCGUGGAGCAGUGACGCUAACCCUGCUGAGUCUAUUGAAGCCCUGGAGGAAUUCAAGCGCUCUUGUUUCCUGCAGCUGAGGAUGGUGCUGGCUGGGGACAGAUGCACUGUGGAGGAGAUUACCUUCCAGCUCCAGCCUGCCAGAGUCUACCUUGAAGACACCUUUGUUUACUACAUUAAGACCCUGUUCCACACCUACAUCCCUGACAGUGCCAUGGCUUCAGCCUCACCCACAGCAGAGAUCCAGAGGAGUAGAGAGCCUGGAUCGGCCCCCAUCCUCCCUGAACAGGUACUUCAGUCGGUGCAGGCGUUGGUCCACCCCGUGCGGCUGCAGAGGCUGACCAUUCAGCCAGUCAACCUGUUGGUCAGCAUCCACGCCUCCCUGAAGUUGUACAUCGCUUCAGACCACACUCCUCUCUCCUUCUCCCUGUUUGAGAGGGGGCCGCUGUGCACCACGGCCAGGCAGCUAGUCCACGCUCUGGCCAUGCACUAUGCUGCCGGAGCCCUCUUCAGAGCUGGUUGGGUGGUGGGAUCUUUGGAGAUCCUGGGCAGCCCCGCCAGCCUGGUGCGGAGCAUUGGAAACGGCGUGUCCGACUUCUUCCGGCUGCCGUAUGAGGGCCUGACCCGCGGGCCUGGAGCCUUCGUCAGCGGGGUGUCCAGAGGGACCACCUCCUUCGUCAAGCACAUCUCCAAAGGCACGCUGACGUCCAUCACCAACUUGGCAACAAGCCUGGCCAGGAACAUGGACCGUCUGUCUCUGGAUGAGGAGCACUACACCAGGCAGGAGGAGUGGAGACGGCAGCUACCAGAGAGCCUCGGGGACGGGCUGAGGCAGGGGCUGUCACGACUCGGCAUUAGCUUGUUAGGAGCAAUCGCAGGCAUCGUGGACCAGCCAAUGCAGAACUUCCAGAGGAACUGGGAGAUGCAGAGCUCAGCUGGUAGCAAGGCCAAAGGGGUCAUCUCUGGAGUGGGGAAAGGCAUUGUGGGGGUUUUCACCAAGCCCAUCGGAGGAGCAGCUGAACUGGUGUCCCAGACUGGAUACGGGAUCCUUCAUGGAGCAGGACUGUGGCAGCUUCCUAAACAACUGUACCUGCCCACAGAGGAGAAGUCGGCCCAGGCCCCAAACAGCCACCUUAAAUAUGUCUGGAAGAUGCUCCAGUCUCUGGGGCGGCCAGAGCUCCACAUGGCCCUGGAGGUGACCAUUGUGAGUGGUUCAGGGCAGGAGCAUGCAGGCUGUCUGCUCCUCACCUCCGAGGUGCUGUUUGUGGUCAGCCUCAGUGAGGACACCCAGCAGCAGGCCUUCCCCAUCACAGAGGUGGAGUGUCAGCAGGAACCAGGACAGCAGGGCCAGCUCACCCUCACCUUACAGCAACAGACGGUAACAAAUGACGCAGAGGGUGACGGUGUCCGUGAGCGUCUGUCAGAGCAGCAGUAUCGACGGCUGGUGGAUUACGUGAUGCGAGCCUCCCAGUUUCUCUCCCCCUCCGCUGCCUCUCUCCAGCUGCAGCCCCCAGUGACACUGGCCGAGCCACCGCCCUCUGUCACCAAGUCUUACCGCUACCUGGUGGAUCCCGCCUUCGCCAAGGUGUUUGUCAGCAAGUUCACCAUGGUGAAGAAUAAAGCCUUACGCAUUGGAUUCCACUAACACACGAAAUAGAUGAGAAGUUCCAGUUUAAAUUAAGCCUUAAACUAUGAAUACACUUUAUUUUGGCUUUGAAAAGAUAACUACCCAUUUAUGCAAUGCUGUUGAAGUAAGUCCACGUUGUCUAUGCCUUAGGGAUGAAGUUGUCUUUGAAAGAUAUUUUUUACUGCUACAAACUAAUCACAUAGCCACAGAGAGAAUUAGAGACAGUUUUAAUCAUAGAAACACGUGUAAGUUCUGACAUUUCAAUGGGUACAUACUGUAAUGAACACUAAAACAAAUAGUUGUCAACUUAAACCUUCUAGGGCCAACAGUGUGUUCUCUUUCAACUUGAAAUCAGGGCUCAUUCAGUCAUAGUGAAACCUCAGUGUUGCAGAUAGAAAUGCACAGCUAACACUCAAAUCUGCUGCAUUUCUAUCAAAACAGCCUGUAAUGUUUCACUCUGCAGAGUAAGCUCAUGGUGUUUACAUUCUCCAUGUAGUAACUGUCUCAUGCCAAUGUUAAGUGCAAUAUUAUAUACAUGUUGAUGGAUGCUAGAGAUACAAGCUGUCAACCAAAAUGUUUUUAUAGAUGAUGUAACAUACUCGUUUGACAAUAACACUGUUCUUUGUAACUUGUCGAUGCCAACCAUGUUGUUUUUGUUGCCUUUUAUAUUGUUGUACCAGUGAGCUCUAAGUCUAAUGCCUUUAAUGUAUGUAAAUGGAUAAUAUAUUAAUAGACAUUUUAAUAAAAAGAUUAAAAUUUA